AUGGAUGGGGAAGAGCAGGCAGUUAUAGUGCUUGAUAUCGGCACAGGCGUCAGCAAGUGUGGAUUUGCUGGAGAUGAUGCCCCGCGCAGCAUUUUCAGAACAAAAGUGGGGAGGCCUCGAGUUCCUGGGAUCAUGGUGGGGAUGGAUCUGAGAGAUGCCUAUGUUGGCGGCGAUGUGAUGGACAGACGAGGACUAUUGAACUUGACUUAUCCAAUGCAAAAGCGGCAAAUUGAAGAUUGGGAAGAUAUGAUUAAGGUCUGGCACCAUGCCUUUUAUAACGAGCUCAAGGUCGCACCUGAAGAGCACACAGUUCUUUUGUCUGAAUCUCCACUUAACCCUCCGAAAAAGAAAGAAAAAACGAUGGAAAUUAUGUUUGAAGAGUUCACAGUGCCUUCAUUUUAUACAAGUGCAAGCGCUACUCUUGGUCUCUUCGCAGCUGGCACUACAAUAGGAUUAGUUGUGGACAGUGGAGAAGGCGGAACCCAUACAGUCCCAGUCUACGAAGGGUACAGCUGUGUCCAUGCAAUAAAUUCUCUUAAAUUCGCAGGUGGGGAGUUAACAAGCACGUUAAGGGGUCUUUUAGACGAAAGAGGUUACUCUUUUACAACUUUGAAAGAAAUUGACGUGGUUAGAGACAUUAAAGAGAAAUUAUGCGCGAUUAAAGAAAAUUACAGUAGCGCUGCUGAAAGCGAAGAAGUGGCAGGGGAAGACGUGCUUUAUGAGCUUCCAGACUCGCAUACAAUUCUGAUCAAAGAUGAAAGAUUUAGAGCGCCUGAAGGACUGUUUAACCCAGGGAUGUUUGGAAUUGAGGACGAUGGGAUUCAUCAUAAGGUGUAUCAGAGUGUGAUGAAAUGCGAUCAGGACAUCAGGAAAGAAAUGUACGACAAUAUUUUGCUAGUUGGAGGCACAACGCUAAUCAAAGGACUUAAGGAAAGGCUAAUUAAGGAACUUAUACCUUUAGCUCCUGUGGGGACCAAACCAAAGAUCGUGGAUCCACCAGAGAGGGAGUAUACAGUGUGGAUUGGAGGCUCAAUUUUAGCAUCUUUGAGUAGCUUCCAAAGGAUGUGUAUCACAAAGCAACAAUAUGAAGAACAAGGUUCUAGGAUUAUUCAUAUGUACACUGAGCAUAACAAUAGCUUAGACUUCUCUAUCUUCUCUAUCAGGAAUAAGGAGCUGGCUUUCCAAUAUUGUUGGUAAAAUAUUUCACAAGCGGAAGAAGCUCAUCCUCAAGUUAUUUUGUCCAUUGGGAGUUUUUUGGGCUAAUAAAACUCGUUCAUUUAACUCCCUAUACCCGUUAUAAAAAAUAAAAAUGUCCAAGCUAUAACCAUAGCUAAGUAAUAAAAUGCUAA